AUGGUGAUGCCGACGGUGGCCUCCGCGGCCGCGGCGGCGCUUCACCCGGCGGUCUCGACGCGGCGAGCGGGGGUCGGGAACGGCAAUGCGUCCUUGGCGGCGGGUGGACGACUUGCCGGCGGUGGGCGAGGGCCGGCCCUGCGUGCUAGGGUGGCCGAGGCCGCGCCGGUGGCGGCCGAGGGCGGCAGGCAGGAGGCUCAUCCCGCUGCACCAAUGGUGGAGAUCCCCGUCACGUGCUAUCAGAUGCUAGGCGUUACAGAGAAGGCUGAGAAAGAUGAGAUCGUGAAGGCUGCAAUGGAGUUGAAAAUUGCUGGGAUAGAAGAUGGUUACACAGCUGAGGUGUCCACUUUCAGACAGGUUGGAGAAGAGAAGCUUGUUUUGGAAAUUGGUCAGGCGGCUCUACGACACCCUGAUUCUAAACCUUAUGUUCACGAUGUGCUUCUUGCAAUGGCAUUAGCAGAAUGCUCUAUAGCAAAAGCCAGCUUUGAAAAGAGUAAAGUGUUCCUUGGAUUUGAGGCUCUGGCACGCGCUCAAUAUCUUUUGAGGAGAAAACCAUCUUUGGAGAAGAUGCCCCUUCUUGAACAGAUUGAAGAAUCACUUGAAGAGCUUGCACCUGCUUGCACUUUGGAGCUUCUAAGCUUGCCUCAGACACCUGAAAAGUCUGAACGCAGGCAAGGUGCUAUUGCAGCUCUCUGUGAACUGCUUAGACAGGGCCUUGAUGUUGAAUCAUCUUGUAGAGUCCAUGACUGGCCUUGUUUCUUGGGUCAAGCAAUGGACAAACUAUUAGCCACUGAAAUUGUGGAUCUUCUUUCUUGGGACACUUUGGCUACAACUCGUAAAAAUAAAAGAUCAUUGGAGUCCCAGAGCCAGCGGGUUGUAGUUGACUUCAACUGCUUCUACAUGGCGAUGCUUGCUCACCUUGCAUUUGGAUUUACAACCCGCCAGACUGAGUUGAUCAAGAAAGCUAAAACCAUCUGUGAAUGUUUAGUUGCAUCUGAGAGCACAGACCUAAAAUUUGAGGAAUCUUUUUGCUCAUAUCUUCUUGGAGAGGAAACUGGCACCACAGUGUUUGAAAAGCUUCAGCAGCUUCAAAGUACUGGAAGUUCAAAUUCGAAGAAUUAUGGGUUAGAUAAAAAGAAGGACAGCAGUGACAAGGUUACUGUCAACCAAUCACUGGAACUGUGGCUGAAGGAUGUGGCCCUUUCUCGUUUCGCAGAUACGAAAGAUUGUCCUCCAUCUUUGGCCAACUUUUUUGGAGCUCCUAAGCGCGUCCUUAACACAUCCAAGCAGAAACUGGGAUCCCCAAGAUCAGUCCUUUUGAUCUCUCAGCCGUCUUCUAGUGCCUCAGCAUGCAACAGAACUUCAGCAGAGCAGACCAGAUUGAGUCCAAACAGCCAUCUGGGGGAGUCUGUUAAGCAACUUGCACCUGCCAACUUGGGGCUCCAAUCAUCAAUGGAUAGGCAAGUAAAUGGUUCAGGGACAGCUUCUGUUCCCCUGAAGCGAAAUCCUGGAUCCCAUCUCAGAACAUUGGAAUUAUGGGGACUAGGUGGAGACGUUAUACGAAAGCUUGCCUAUAGUGCACUCCUAGGCUUUGUUGUAUUUAGCACAUUAAAAUUGGUCAAGUUUCAGUUUCGGCAUGUGAGAUACACGAACCCAAGUAGAGAGUCUGCAACCGUGUCAUCCUUGAAUGAAGCGUCUGCAUCAGAAGGUUCUUUUAUCACCAGUGGUGUCAGGAAGCAUUUUGAAAAUUUGUCAAAAUUGCUUUGGCUGAGUGAUAGGCUUAAUUCAAAUAGCGCAGAAAGUGAUAAGCACCCAGCAGCUAAUGAUAUCACUGCUGCAGUUUCUCUUGGCCCUGACUAUCAAACUGACAUGUUACCAGAGAUUCUUGAUGGUUCAAUGCUCUCUAAGUGGCAAGACUUAGCGUUGUUAGCAAAGGACCAGUCCUGCUAUUGGAGAUUUGUGCUGCUGAAUCUUAAUGUUGUUCGAGCUGAGAUAAUCUUGGAUGAAGUCGGUGCUGGUGAAGCAGCAGAAAUUGAUGCUGUGCUUGAGGCGGCGGCUGAGCUUGUUGAUGGUUCCCAGCCCAAGAAACCCAGUUAUUACAGCACAUACGAAGUUCAGUACGUAUUGAGGAGGCAGAAUGAUGGAUCUUGGAAAAUCUCCGAGGCUGCUGUCCGGGACCUGACGUGA